AUGUCCGCCUCUGCAAUCCCUGAAAUGAAUGGCGGGCUCGAGAGUCAUGUCACGGUCCAGAAGCGAGCUUACUAUUCACCUCCCUGGGCCGAUGUCAGUAUCAUUGGUGUUGCGGGCAGCUCUGGCUCGGGCAAGUCGACCUUGUCCCAGGCCAUCGUCAAGAAGCUGAACCUACCCUGGGACUCUUUCUAUAAGACCUUGACUCCCGAGCAGUCUAAAAUGGCUUUUGCCAAUGAACAUGACUUUGACUCUCCCGACGCCAUCGACUUUGAUGUUCUAGUUGAGAAACUAAGGGACCUAAAAGCUGGACGGCGUGCUGAGAUCCCUGUCUAUUCAUUUGCGAAGCAUGCGCGACUGGAGCAUACGACAUCCAUCUACUCGCCCCAUGUUCUGGUCCUAGAGGGUAUUUUUGCUUUAUAUGACCCCCGAGUCAUCGAGCUACUCGAUAUGGGUAUCUAUUGUGAAGCAGAUGCGGAUACAUGCCUAUCACGAAGACUUGUGCGCGAUGUGCGAGAACGUGGCCGAGAUAUCGAGGGUAUCAUCAAGCAGUGGUUCGGGUUUGUCAAGCCCAACUUUGAAAAGUUUGUCGAGCCCCAACGCAAGGUGGCCGACUUAAUCGUGCCGAGAGGUAUCGAGAAUAGAGUAGCUCUUGAUAUGAUGGUUCAGUUCGUUGAGAAGAAGCUGUUUGAAAAGUCAAGACACCAUCGAGAGGCCCUGUCUCGACUUGAAGCAGCGAGCAAGGAUUCUGCUCUAUCUGAUCGUGUUGUGGUAUUGAACGAUACCCGACAACUCAGAUUUAUGAACACCAUCCUUCAAGAUAUCGACACAGAUCCCGAGGAUUUCAUAUUCUACUUUGAUAGACUUGCUAGCUUGAUCAUCGAACAGGCCCUUAACAACGCCCACUUCGAGGCCAAGAAGAUCAUCACGCCGCAGGGAUACGAAUACAAGGGCCUCGUGCCAACAGGCGAGGUCUGCGCCGUUAUUGUACUCCGAGGAGGAUCAGCGUUUGAGCCGGCGCUGCGAAAGACUAUUCCGGACUGCCGAACAGGUCGACUUCUCAUCCAGUCCGACUACUCAACAGGAGAGCCGGAACUUCACUACUUGCGACUGCCCGACGAUAUUGCAAGCCAGCAAAGCGUGUUGCUUCUUGAUACACAAAUGGCUACUGGUGGUGCUGCUCUGAUGGCGGUGCAGGUCUUGGUCGACCAUGGCGUACAGCAGGACCGCAUUGUUCUGGCAACAUACUCGGCAGGCAAGGUUGGGCUUCACAGAUUGACAUCUGUAUUCCCAGAAAUCACUGUGGUGGUUUGCAAUAUGCUCGACUACCAACAGGAACGAUGGGUAGAGAAGAGGUAUUUCCGCUGUUAG